AUGGCUCUUAUUGCAUUCCCCGAACACACCAAAACCCUCAUUCUCUCAACAAGCCAUACAUACAACUACGUCCACAUUCCCCCAACAAACCCAACCAAAGCAACAAUCCUAUUCCUCCACGGAUUCCCAUCAUCAAGCUAUGACUGGCGCCACCAAAUCUCCUUCUUCCCACUCCACGGCUACGGCAUCCUAGUACCAGAUCUCCUCGGUUACGGCGGGACCAGCAAGCCAACUUCAGCCGAGGAAUACAAAGCCAAGAACAUGGCCGCAGAGAUAAUUGAGAUCUUGGAUCAUGAGAGACUGAUAAAGAUACAUGCUGUAUCUCACGAUACAGGAACUAUUCUUCUUUCUCGACUCGCGAACUAUUUUCCGGAGAGGCUUUUGUCAUGCACAUUCCUAGAGGUGCCGUACUCGAAACCAGGGGAGCACUUUGAUCUUGAUGCUGUGAAUGCUAUGACGAAGAAGGUUCAUGGGAAGGAGAGGUUUGGGUAUUUGAAGUUUUUCGUUAGUGAUUGUGCGGGGGAUAUAUUGGAUCAGUAUAGCGAGUCCUUUUUUACGCUCUUCUAUCCUAGAGAUGCAUCACUUUGGAAUGAUCAUCUCGGCCCUGAAGGGGCUAUGGAUUCGUGGCUUUUAGAUGACCGCCGAGCCCCAAUGGCGUCGUACAUCACAGACGAGGAAAGAGUUGUUCACCAGAGAAUCAUGCAAGGGCAUCAUGGCCCGCCACUGAACUGGUAUCGCGUGCUGGUGAAUAACCUGAACAAUGAGGAUGAGAUAGAAACGAAACUAUGCCCCUGGAUCUCCUGUCCGACCGUUAUGCUCUUUUCAAGCCAAAUGACGGGUGUUUUUCCUGAUGAUGCUGCCGAGUCAAUGGGGAUUCUGGGUCCCUCGCUGUUCAAAUGCGUUAGUACGCCUGGCCAUUGGCUGCAACUAGAAGCAAGGGACGAAGUCAAUGCUAUCCUCAAGGAAUUUUUUGAGAAGUAUGGCGAUGAGGCUUAG